AACACACAACGCUACUCUCUUUUGUAUCAGUCCACCACAAGCUUGAAGAAACUCUUCUCUAUGUUGGGAAUUAUCCGCACAUUUCUGUAUUGUGUUUUCGGCGUUUUCUCCCUUGUCCUAUUCGGACUGGCUGCCGCACGCUUGCGGUAUACGACACAUCUACCUCCGGGCGAUCCACUGAAUGACGGUCAUAAUUUCUAUGGUGAGCUUCGCUUGCAAUCGUUGCAAGAACAGGGCAAUAACCGUGGAUCAGACCCAAUCGUGGCAGAACUACUCUUCAGCUCUCUCCUAGGCAUGGGGUGGAGUGUCUAUGCAGUUUUAACUAUCCAUCAUAUGCGUGAAGAUCGUCUAAUAGCUUCGUUCGCUGGCGAAAUCCUGGUAUUAAGCAUUCUGUUCUUGCUUUAUUUAGUCGGCGCGGCCAUUGCUACGUCGAUAUGGGGUGAUCUGAGUUUCUGUCACCAAUUCCAAGCGUGUCGUAUCCUCACUGCCCUGCUGGCGUUUGCUUGGCUUCCAUGGAUCGUCUUAAUGGGCUUAUUAGUUGCCAGUGUGUUUGUUGCCAUCGCGAACGCUGCAUUCUUUGCCCCAUUCCAUGGUCGCUGGAAUCCUCGGGAAAGUACUUACAGUAGUCGCCGGACGAGCCGUGCAUGA